CUCGUUGUUAGCAGGCUAGAGAAACGGCCGCUGUAAAGGUGACAUUUAGCUGUCUGGUCACCACAGCUCAUCCGACCCAAACUAAUUGUGAAAACAGAGUGGUGGCACAAAUAUAAGAUGUCUUCUCUCAGGAGGACGGCGGGUGUCCUGCGAACAGGCCUGCAGCUCUUCAGACGCGGACCUCAGCAGAUGACCGUCAGGAAGGCAGGAGGAGGCUCUCAUAUUGAACCCCAAUACAGACAACCUUCUCAGCUCACCAAGAACCAGAAGUUUCAGGCAGAGUUUCUCAGCGGCGUCAUGUGGUUCUGGAUCCUGUGGCACUUCUGGCAUGACCCGGACGCUGUGCUGGGUCAUUUCCCAUGGCCGGACACUUCAGCAUGGACCGAUGAGGAGCUGGGAAUCCCACCUGAUGAUGAAGAGUAGAUUUGCCCUCAACAACCCAAUAUGUGCACCAGAUCGCAAAAUCCGCACAUUUUCUGUAGAGGAAACUGAAAGUUCCUGUUAUGUAUAUGGACUUAUUAUCAAGUCUAAUCGUAAAAGUUGCAUUAUAAAAUAUAAAUAAAAGCCAUCAACGCUUCA